CUCAGCGAGCCGCUGUACUUUUGUUGAUUGAAUUCGAGCCCAACAAGACAACGUAGAACAACCAACAAGAUGUCUUCCAUGGCUGCUUUCGAUCAGUUCAAAAUUGGACUCAAAAUGGUUGACUUUAAGGUCCAACAACGUCGCUAUAGGACCAGUGAAAAGACUGUCGUCAGCACCACCUACGGCCCUAUCAAGGGCGUCAAGCGGAAGUCCAUCUACGGUCAGUCGUACUUCAGUUUUGAGCGGAUCCCCUUUGCCAAGCCUCCUGUCGGGGAGCUACGCUACAAGGCCCCCCAGCCCCCGGAGGUUUGGACGGAGGUCAAAAGCUGUACCUCCCAGGGCCCCAAGCCGCUGCAGAAGCAUUUUGUGUUCGAGAUGACCGAUGGAUCUGAGGACUGCCUCUACCUCAAUGUUUACACAAAGAAUUUAUAUCCCACCAAGCCCAUGCCUGUGAUGGUCUGGAUUUACGGAGGCGGAUUUCAGUUUGGCGAGGCGUCUCGGGAAUGCUACAGUCCGGACUACUUGCUGCGCGAGGACGUAGUGGUUAUUUCAAUAAACUAUAGAUUAGGCCCUUUGGGAUUCCUGUGCAUCGAUGAUCCGGAGUUCGAUGUGCCCGGAAAUGCGGGACUCAAGGAUCAGGUGUUGGCCCUGCGCUGGGUCAAGGCCAACUGCUCUCGCUUUGGAGGAGAUUCUGGGAACAUUACCAUUUUUGGGGAUAGUGCUGGCAGUGCUUCGGUGCACUACAUGAUGAUUACUGAGCAAACACGUGGACUCUUCCAUAAGGCGAUCUGUAUGUCGGGCAACACGCUUUCUCCCUGGGCGGUGACUCCUCAGAGGAAUUGGCCAUAUCGUCUGGCAGUCCAGGCGGGCUACACUGGCGAAAAUAAUAUCUCCGAUGUUUGGGAAUUUCUGAACAACGCCAAGGGGUCGGACAUCAUAAAGGCCAACGGCGAAUUGUGUAUCGAUGAGGAGAAAAAAGAGCGAAUAGGCUUUUCCUUUGGACCAGUCAUCGAGCCCUACGUGACCAGUCACUGUGUAGUGCCCAAGAAACCCAUCGAAAUGAUGCGCACUGCCUGGAGCAAUAAUAUCCCGCUGAUCCUCGGCGGAGUUUCCAACGAGGGCUUACUGCUGUACUCAGAGACCAAGGCGAAUCCCAAGUGUCUGAACGAACUGGACGACUGCAGAUUCGUGGUUCCCAUUGAGUUGAAUAUGGACAGAGACAGUGCCCUUUGCCGGGAGUACGGGGAACAGCUGAGACAGUGCUACUACGGCGACAAAACCCCCAGUCUAGACACUCUGCACGAGUACCUACAGAUGGUCUCUCACGAGUACUUUUGGUUCCCGAUCUACCGCACAGUAUUGUCCCGCUUGCAGUAUGCCACAAGUGCCCCGACGUACCUGUAUCGCUUCGACUUCGACUCGAAGCACUUCAAUCAUCUGCGCAUCCUCAGCUGUGGCAAGAAGGUGCGUGGCACGUGCCAUGGCGACGAUCUCUCCUACUUGUUCUACAAUUCCCUGGCGCGGAAGCUGAAGAACCAUACGCGGGAGUACAAGUGCAUUGAGCGGCUAGUGGGCCUGUGGACGCACUUUGCCACCUGUGGAAAUCCCAAUUUUGACCCGGAACAGGCGGACCUGUGGCAACCGGUGGACGCGGCGGCCAUUGAAAAGCACCAGCUUAAGUGCCUUAACAUAUCCGACGAGCUAAAGGUGAUCGACGUGCCAGACCUGCGGAAGCUGAUGAUCUGGGAGAGCUUCUUCCGUCGCGAUGAGCUACUCUAGGGAUAUGGUGUAGGAUUUGGAGUAUCUCCAUCUAGAUAGGACCUGUAGCUUUAUCUGAACCUGGGUGGAUUGUUUUCGGUAGCCAAAUGAGAAGGGACAUACAUAUUAAAGACAAUUUGGAUGCUUUAUAUUAAAUGGGACUAUCCCUAUCGAUUGUAAAUUAUGUGUUCCCCAUUGAAUAUUUGUAAAAUGGCAACCAUCUUUUGGAUUCACCCUGGAAAUGUAGUUUUUGACAGCUUUAUGUUGAGCCUUUUUUGAAAGCGUAGCUUUAGGCCUAAAAUCGAAGAGAAAUUUAUUGUUGUUAAGUUUUCUAACGUCGAGAACUCUAUUAGGUGUGUUAAAGUUCAUCCGCUUGUAUCU